CAAAGUAUUAAGAAUAUAUUUAAUUCCUUUGAAAGCUUCGAGAAAGCUUUUAAGGAAAUUUUUAGUAAUUCCAACAAAGAAUGUACUACAGCUCAGCAGCUCAUAAAUCUCAAGCAAAUCAAGUUAGCUUCUGCUUAUAUAGUUAGAUUUAAGUAA